AAGCGUAUUCGAACAUACACAUACGCUGCUACAAAAAUGGCGACUCUGCUCCGAAAAUCACUGUCUUACAAUCAGUAUCGAAGACUCCAUAAAAUAGCAGUGGGCCACACUGUACCCUUGACUUUCAACCAGUAUGAGCAUCAGCAGAAAUUCCGUGAAGUUCAGGCCGAGAUCGUUGGCUCUUUAAUGUCUAGCCCCAAGUUCAAAGACCAGCUGGAAGAUGUUGAAGCCUGGAUGACCAAGUUGUUAGAUUAUGCUCUGGCUGGAGGUAAAAGGGGCAGAGGUCUGGCAGUGCCCUUCGCGUACCGAAUGAUGGAGGAUCCAGAACACUUCACAGAAGACAAUCACCAUAAAGCGCGGGUCAUGGGAUGGGUUCUAGAAAUGUUACACUCCUAUUUAUUCACGGUCGACGAUAUAAUGGACGCAUCGAAGACUCGUCGCGGCCAAAAGUGUUGGUAUCUACGCGAGGACGUUGGGAUGGGAGCUCUGAACGACAGCGGACUAAUAUUCACCAGCGCAUUUGAAAUACUCGAACAGAAUUUCGGAGACGACCCCCUUUAUGGCGACCUAGUUAGGAUCUGUAAUGGGGCAAUGAUGCACACAUGCAUAGGUCAGCAUUUGGACUUUGCAUCCAACUAUAGGAAGGAGAAGAACAACCUGGACACGUUUACAGUAGAACGGUUCGACGCCAUCGCUCUUCAGAAGACCGCCGUCUACUCCUUCAAGUUCCCCAUGAACUUGGCAAUGACCUUGAUUAAGGGGAAGAAUCAGAAUUUACAUCAAAUCGAAGAAGUACACACUAUUUGUUGGGAUAUGGGCAAACUUUUACAGUUACAGAAUGACUACAAGGACAUAUACUUCGACGAGAUCAGAACAGGGAAGGCAGGCACGGAUAUACAAGAAGGUAAAUUGACUUGGAUCGCAGCCACGGCUCUGCUUCGCUGCUCAGAAGCACAACGUCAAAUCUUCGCUGAAAACUACGGCAUCGACAAUCCAGAAAACGUCCAACGUAUUAGGAAAUUAUUUGCAGAUCUAGAUAUUGAAAACGUAUACAAAAAGCAUGAGAAAUCAGUAUACGAAGAUUUGGUCAGAAGAAUUCGCGCUUUACCAACUAAAGGACAGACGCGUUUCUAUUCUGAAGUUCUAGAAGCGUGUUGUAAACAGUUGUACUAAUUUAUAUACUUAUGUAAUGGCUACUCUCGCGCGGUUUCACCCUCUGCUCGACUCCAUUUAAUCGUACCGUGAUG